AGGCGCGCCGGUUGAAGAAUAAAAAUAAAGUUAUUGUUGUUUAUCUUAAAAUGCCGAAUGUAAAACCAAUGCGAUAUGCCCACAGUGAUGGAUUUACUGACGUUUGUUUUAACAGCGAUGGCAGGUAUAUUUUAACUGGAGGGACUGACGGCGAUGUGAGGAUAUGGAAAGGUAUAGAAGAUGAUGAUGCUAUAUCUCAUAGAUGUGGGGACAAAACAUUUGCUGUGGCUAUCAAGGACAAUCGUUACUUUGCGGCCACAGACACAAAUGUGAUCCAGGCAUACACGUUUCCAGAUGGCGGCCCUGAUGGUAUACUUACACGCUUUACUGCCCCGGCCAAUCAUAUCGUGGUCAACAAGGCCGGAACUACCCUGGUCGCUGGUGCAAAUGACUUCAUGAUCAAGAUAGUGGAUGUUGAAUCAUGCAGCACGAAGACCAUCCAAGGCCAUGAGGCUCCCGUGCUCAGUAUAGCACUAGAUCCUAAAGAAGAGUUCUUGGCAUCCUCCAGUUGUGAUGGGACAGUGCGGGUGUGGAAGAUGGAGGAUCGAUCCCAGGUUGUCUCCCUUCCCGUCCUGCCCAAGUGUAGUGAUACAAGCCUUUCACGUACGGUAUGUCGAAUGUGCUGGGAGCCAGAUAGGGGCCAGUUCCUGUACGUGCCUGUUGAGAAGGAAGUGCGGGCCCUGAAACGGGGAGACUGGAGCCCGGCUUAUACAUUCACAGACGCAUGCUUUACUGAGUGUGUGUCUGUGGUGGCCGUGUCCCCUGAUGGUAAAUAUCUGGCGGCAGGCAGUUAUGAUGGAUGGAUUGCAAUCUUCCAUGUGGACAGUCGAUCAUGUGUGGACAAGCAUCGGAAUGAAAAGGGUAUCUCGAUCUCAUCCAUGGCUUGGAACCCACAAAACAACAUGGAACUCGUCUUCUGUGAUACCCAGGGUCAACUGGGUGAGCUGACUGACAUCACUACAGAAGUGUCAACUGGAAAAAAGGACAAAGACAAGGGUGUAGCGGCUGGUGUGUUUGAUGAUGAAGAUGAUGACUUUCUGAUCGAAGCCUCAAACAGUGGAAACAUCAGCGAAGAUGACGGGGUCAGGAUCGCAAAACCUGCGGUCAUUUUCUCAGAUGAUGACAGUAUGCCAGAAAUGCCGCUGAAGGCAGGUGAUGAUGAUGAUGACCGGUCAAGCGUCACAUCAGACAGGUCCGAGUUGCCUCCACCAGCCCCCAGGGUGGAGGGGUAUCGUCCCACCCCCCUCCAGCGACCAUUCCAGCCCGGGUCAACGCCUCAGCACCUCACCAGCAGGUUUAUGAUGUGGAACGCAGUGGGUAUUAUCCGUCAGUACAACACAGAUGAUGAGAAUUCUGUCGAUAUUGAGUUUCACGACACGUCGGUCCACCAUGCUAUGCACAUCCCCAACAGUGCGGGCUACACGAUCGGUGACUUCUCACAGGAGGCAGUGCUCAUGGCUGCUGAAGGAGAUUCCGACACACCGAGCAAACUGACAUGCAUGCACUUUUCCUCAUGGGACAACACCAAGGAAUGGAGCCUACCUUUGCCAGACGGUGAGGAAGCCCUCGCCCUGUGUCUUGGGGAGGGCUGGGUUGCCGUGGCGACAGAUAGGAGGAAUGUACGCAUCCUGACAGUGGCUGGCAUUCAGAAGGAGAUGUUUACUAUCCCUGGGCCGGUUGUGUGUAUGGCAGGACAUACCAGCCAGCUGAUGAUUGUUUACCAUAGAGCCAUGGGUGUUCCAGGAGAGCAGUGUCUUGGCGUGAGUGUUCUUGAUAUAAAGGGCUGGAGGAGGGAGCUGAAUUGUGAACCCCUGCCCCUUUCACCAACCACAACACUCGCCUGGCUGGGGUUUUCAGCUGAAGGGACCCCAUUUUAUAUGGACUCAGAGGGCAUUUUACGUAUGUUGAACAGACAGGCUGCCAAGAGUUGGACACAGAUUGCUAACAUGCGAUCACACGCUAAAGGCAAGUCAGACCAUCAUUGGAUUGUAAGCAUCCAUGAAAACCCACAACAGAUCAGAUGUAUCCCGUGCAAGGGGUCUCGUUACCCUGCCACUCUACCCCGCCCAGCUCCUGUUGUGCUGCCGUUUCAAGUGCCCCUUUGUGAGCUCAACACUGAGAAGGCCCAGUAUGAGGAGCUGUUAUGGCGCACUCGUCUGCUGUCUGGUCACUUCGAUGUCUGGGAGAGACAGGGGUAUGAAGUCGAUGAGAAUUCUCGUGCCGAGGCCAGCAAACCUGCACAGGAGGCGCUCAUGAAACUGUUUGCUCUGUCGGCCCGCUCAGAGCGUGAGUUCCGAGCCCUUGAGGUGUGUGAGAUGAUGCGUGACCCUCACACCGUUCAGCUCGCCAUCAAGUACGCCAGCCGGAUGCGCUACAUGCAGCUGGCCAAUAGGAUCAGUGAGAUGGCAAGCAGGCAGGCAGAGGAGGAGCAGGCUAAUGUUGAUAACCAGAUGUAUGAGGAUGAUUAUAGCAGUCAGGUUACAGGAGUCAGGCAGGCGGCAGUAUCAACACAGGAAGAUGAGGUGGAAAUGGAAGAAGAACCAGCACAGCUAUCAGGUCCAUUAUUAGCUACAAAGAUCAGAGAAGACAAACAAGAUCGGCCAUCCAACCCAUUUAAAUCUCGUUCAAACCCAUUCAAGGUUUCCACCACCCCCUCACAGAGCCCCUCCCUGACCAAGGGCACCCAGGUGUUUGACUCCCUGUCGAAAAAGAAGGAGAAAGCUAGUAGCUCCAUCUUCAGCCAGGAAAUCCGGUCUCCAAAAAUUGUCCUGAAAAAGGGCGGUCAGCCUAAACUGUUCCAAAAGAAAAAGGAUACAAGUAAAACAACUACAGCAACACCUGCAGAAAAAUCCGCUCCAACAGACAAGCCGGUGACCCCAUUCUCCCUGUGGCUAGAGGAAGCAGGGUCAGAACUAAGGGCGGAGAACCCUGACAAGGACGAUGAUGAUUUUAACAAGUUUGCUGCUGACACAUUUCGGGCUCUGCCUAAGGAGGAAAAACAGGGUUACGUCCAACGAAGCAAGGAGCUGAAUGAUCGAAGCAAGGAAAACACAGGAGGAGGUGAAGACGGGACAGAAAACAGGAAGCGGAAAAGGGAGAUUGACGAAACCGGUGACGCGAGCAAGAAGCUGCGGGAUGAAGAUACAGAUACAGUGAAGAAGCCCCUGGGACAGACGGCUAAUUCCAAGUUGGCAAACUUUGCUUUCAAAGGAGACAGCUGAAAAGUUGAUUUAAUUCAACUGGAAAACAGUUAUAUUAUACUUCGGCCCUGUCUUAUUCAACGAAUGUUUAAACACAAUCAUUGUUUUGAAUCAUAAAACUCUUUAUCGUAAUGAUACUGAUUUUGAAACCAAAUGUAAGAAUUGUGGAAUUGCCGAAUGCUUGAAAAAAUGAUUUUUUUUAAAAUUGUUAUUUUUUCAUAAAGAGUUUCAUAAUAAUUUUCCUGAUCUUAUGAUUGAUGGUGAAAAUGAGGUAUAGACCCCAUCUUGGGGUUGUUGAGAAAAAUUAUGGCGAGAUCAUAUGCUAUUAAAGUGCUCUUUUCUGCAAUUGUAUUUAUUUGUAUAUACUGAAUCUGACAUAUUCAUUUAAAAUAAAUACUAGGAAAGCCAGUUUAUGAUGAAUUAGACAUGUAUGGAAAGUUUUUUGUUGUUUUUUGGUUACUCGCCGACACAUUUGCUAAGUUUUUGGUCACUGCUGCUGGAAAACAAUUUAUAACGAUAUUUUUCAUUCAAUUGUUGGCAUGAUAGCUAAGCAGUUUUUGUUAUAUAUUCAACAUGCUUUUAACAUUUAUAGCAGUAGGCAUUAAUUUGACAAAAUCAAAUUUCAGAAUGAUAAUUGUUUUGUCUUUACUCUCACUUAAAACACGAUUCAAAAAGCAAACUGUCUCAAGUUGGAAGCCUUUGAUAUUUAUUUUCCCACAUUCUUUUUCCGAACUACCUUACUUUUCUCUAUGUUUCCAUAUACAUCUAUUUAGUUGUGCCCAUUAAUUUGACUAAACAAGAAAGACAACUCCUGAGGGCUUACCCAAGGGAAGUUACUCUUGUGAACAGAAUAAUGAAAAAAAAUGUGUAUUGUAUUUCAAUGUAUAGUUAGAGUUUAUUGUGUACUGUAUAUUAUUAAAGAGUAUGUGCCUAUUUACAUAAAAACAUGCACAUAAAAUGA